UGAAAGAAACCCUAUUUCCCCCACAAACGACUUUUCCUCCCCACCAUACCGGUCCGGUAUUCUUCCGUCUCCUCCCCGUCCCCAAGCUCCGAUCCCACCCAGUGUGACUCUAAAAUCUCUCCUGCAGUCUACCGCCUCCGUCGGCUCGCCGCACAGCGAGCAUCACGUCACCGCCGGCGCCUGACCCCUCCUCCUGUCACGCGCGCGCGUCGCCGUUUCCGUUCUACAUCACCUUGUCCCUACUGUCUCCGCUCGACCCGCGAUCUCGGAGCAUUGAUUCCUGAGCAUCCAGAUCCGCCCCUCUUGGGUCUGAGGUGCUCGCUGAUAUGGUGAGGAUGGAGGCGGCGGGUGCUGCUCUUGCUGUGGCCCUGCUGGCGUUCAUGGUGAGGUCUGGAGCUGAUGGCUCUGAUCACAGGUACAAGGCGGGAGAUCGUGUCCCGCUCUACGCGAACAAGAUCGGCCCUUUCCACAAUCCAAGUGAGACAUACCGGUACUAUGAUCUAUCCUUUUGUGCACCAGAUCACCCAAAGGACAAAAGGGAGGCUCUUGGUGAGGUUCUAAAUGGUGAUCGGUUGGUUGAUGCACCAUAUGAGUUGAACUUUAAGGAAGAUAUGAACUCCAAGACUCUCUGCAAGAAAACAUUGUCCAAGGAGCAAGUCGCCAAGCUCCGGGAUGCAGUUGCCAAGGAUUACUACUUCCAGAUGUAUUACGAUGACCUGCCUUUAUGGGGAUUCCUUGGUAAACUGGAGAAGGACAAAGAGCGCGGCGGUGGAAAGUGCCUUCUGUUUAAGCACAUCCACUUUGACAUCAUGUACAACAGUGACCGUGUCAUAGAAAUCAAUGUUCAGACAGAUCCGAAUGUAGCUGUGGAUAUCACAGAGGACAAGGAAGUGCCGGUAGAGUUCUCUUAUUCAGUAACAUGGAAAAAGACAGACAUUCCUUUUCAAAAACGAAUGGAGAAGUACUCCAAGUCUUCCUCUAUGCCGCAGCACCUAGAGAUCCAUUGGUUUUCGAUAAUUAACUCAUGUGUAACAGUGCUUCUUUUGACUGGCUUUCUGGCAACAAUCCUCAUGCGUGUGCUCAAGAAUGAUUUCAUUAAAUAUUCUCAUGAAGAUGAGUCCCUUGAAGAUCAAGAAGAGACUGGAUGGAAGUAUAUACAUGGCAAUGUCUUCCGUUUCCCGCCGCAAAAAUCUCUUUUUGCAGCAAUCAUUGGAUCUGGAUCUCAGCUUCUUGCCCUUGCAAUUUUCAUCUUCCUCCUUGCGAUUGUUGGGGUCUUUUAUCCAUACAACAGGGGAGCCCUUUUCACUGCCCUUGUAGUCAUCUAUGCUCUUACGUCUGGUAUUGCUGGCUACACAGCCACUUCCUUCUAUCUUCAGCUGGAGGGAACAAACUGGGUGAGAAAUCUGAUAUUGACUGGCUGCUUGUUCUGUGGGCCUCUUUUCUUGACAUUCUCCUUCUUAAACACUGUUGCGAUAGCAUACAGUGCUACAGCAGCUUUGCCUUUUGGUACUAUCAUUGUCAUUAUUCUCAUCUGGGCACUUGUAACCUCUCCUCUCCUAGUGCUGGGUGCUAUAGCUGGGAAAAAUAGCAAUACAGAAUUCCAAGCUCCUUGCCGCACAACCAAGUAUCCAAGGGAAAUCCCUCAACUGCCCUGGUACCGAAGCACCAUUCCUCAGAUGGCAAUGGCAGGGUUCCUCCCUUUCAGUGCUAUUUACAUCGAGCUGUACUACAUAUUUGCCAGUAUCUGGGGGCAUAAGAUAUACACCAUCUACAGCAUCCUCUUCAUUGUGUUCAUUAUCCUCAUCAUCGUCACAGCGUUUGUCACAGUGGCACUCACUUACUUCCAGCUUGCUGUUGAGGAUCACAAGUGGUGGUGGAGAUCUGUCCUUUGUGGAGGCUCCACUGGUAUUUUCAUCUUCUUCUACUGCAUCUACUACUACCAUGCCCGGUCAGACAUGUCAGGCUUCAUGCAAACAUCCUUCUUCUUCGGCUACAUGACCUGCGUCUGCUACGGUUUUUUCCUCAUGCUGGGAACUGUUGGUUUCCGUGCAUCACUGCUAUUUGUGCGACAUAUUUACCGUUCCAUCAAGUGCGAGUGAUCUAGGCCAGAGUGGUGACAUCAGAUAUGGCUAUCACCAGGGAAGCUCAAGAGAAGCAAAACAACAGAUUGUUAAUGGGGUUGCUUCUGAAUUUUGUGUCCAAGCAAGUUGCAUGUCCUCCAUAUGAACCUCCUCUCAAAUUACAUUAUCUUGCAAGUUCCAUUUGGAAUGAUAUAGUGUGUAGGACAGAUUAGAGCCAGCACUAUGAUGUUAUACUUGUAUCUGCUGUGUUAUUUAGUCUAACUAGUAAAAGUGCCCGUGCGUUGCACCGGGUGCGAAAUAAAUAAAUAUAACAAGUAAACAUGGAUAUGCUCUUA